GCUCUGUAGGAAAAUGGGAAGAGCGACGAGAUGGUUCAGGAACCUGUUGGGGAUGAAGAAAGAGAAGGAACAGAAGGAGAUCUCUAACAACGGUGACCAUAAAGAUAAGAAAAGGUGGAGUUUUGGCAAGUCGGGAAGAGAUUCUAGUGUGGCCGGUCAGAUCCCAGCAAGUAUUCCGGCGAACAUACCUGGAGCGGAGGUUGCUUGGGUGAGAUCUUAUUACAAUGAAACCGAGAGAGAACAGAACAAGCACGCAAUUGCAGUGGCUGCGGCCACGGCUGCAGCAGCUGACGCUGCCGUUGCCGCUGCACAAGCGGCGGUCGCUGUGGUGAGACUUACUAGCCAGGGUAGAGGGACUAUGUUUGGUGGUGGACGGGAGAAAUGGGCUGCAGUGAAGAUUCAGACUGUCUUCAGGGGAUAUUUGGCCAAGAAGGCCCGUCGAGCUUUAAAAGGGCUGGUGAAGUUACAAGCUCAUGUUAGAGGUUACCUUGUGCGGAAGCAAGCAGCUGCAACUCUUCAGAGUAUGCAAGCUCUUAUAAGAGCCCAAGCGACUGUUCGGUCGCAGAGAGCUCGUAGUUCUCUCUACAAUGACCACAGGUUUCAACCAGAACUCCGACCUCGUAAAUCCAUUGAAAGAUUCGAUGAAACAAGAAGCGAGCACACGGCAUCAAUCCACAGUAGAAGGCUAUCGGCAUCAUUGGAGAGUGCCAUUAACAACUUGGAUGAAAGCCCAAAAAUUGUAGAAAUGGAUACUUGCAGGCCAAGGUCAAGAUCUCGUAGAACUAACGCAUCAAUGUGGGAUUCUGGUGAAGACCCUUCUUACCAAACGAUAUCAUCUCCUCUGCCAUGUCAAAUUCCAGGUCGUCUCUCCAUACCUGAGGGCCGAAACUACCAAGAUUUCGAUUGGGUUUUAACGGGAGAUGAAUGUAGGUUUUCCACAGCACAGAGCACUCCUCGUUUUGCAAAUUCAGGUGGAUCGAAUGCACCGGUGACGCCUGCUAAGAGUGUGUGCGCAGAUAGCUUCUUCAGGAGUUACUCCAAUUUCCCCAAUUACAUGGCGAACACACAAUCGUUCAGGGCCAAAGUGAGGUCUUACAGUGCCCCGAAACAGAGACCAGAACCAGGUCCGAAGAAGAAGCUAUCUCUGAAUGAGAUGGUUGAAUCGAGGGCUAGUUUAAGUGGAGUUCGAAUGCAGAGGUCUUCUUCUCAGGUUCAAGAUCCUUUCCAUUUUAAGAACUCAGUAAUAGGUAGGCUUGACAAGUCUGUUGAAUUUGUAAGAGAUUCAGAGAGGGAGUACUUGCAGAGGAGAUGGUAGAGAAGAAAUGGUAGAGUAGAUGAUUAGAACACGAAAAUGUGUGUUUGUAAAGAGGAAAUUAAAAAUGUUCUCAAACAUGAUUGCAUCCAAUUGUGAAUUUGUGAGGAGUGAUGAUUUUUUAGUUGAAAUCAAUGUUUUUUUUUUCGUAUAUGUUUAAUGGAAAUGAAACGAAGAAUCAAGCACAAAAUUGCCAUUAUACUUUGUUCAUUA